GGUAGUCGCAGCCAAAGCAAAUAUGACGAGCAGGUGCGGCGCGCUGGGCCCCCCGUCGGCGGGGGAGCGGUUAGGCGGAAGGGAAGGCAACGGUUCGGAACGUGCGUUGCGCCCAAACAGUCGUCCCAAAUCUUACCAUGUGCAUGCUUGCUUGGGUGCUCUUGGGUAUUAUCUCUUUCCUUUUUUUUCCUCCAUGCUUUCUUUCCGCCCUCGCAUCCAAAGAUACGAGCUGCCUGA